GGAAGCCUCCCAGGCGGGGUCCUCUUUGGCAGCUAGCUGCGAGCGGGAGGCCUGAGCGGUGCAGUGGCUGCGCGGCGAGGUUCCGGGCGCAGGAGCACCGCGGCGCUAUGGAGGAGCUCGAUUGCGAGCCCGCAGUUACUUGGAUUCCAGGAGUGAAUUCCAAGAAGAAGCAAAUGUGUUUUGACUGGGGACCUGGGGAGAUGCUCCUGUGCGAAACUUCAUUCAACAGAAAAGACAAAUCAGAGAGCCUGCCAAGCUGCCCCUUUAUCUAUAUUGUACGGAAAGAUGUAGAUGUUUACUCUCAAAUUUUGAGAAAACUCUUCAAUGAAUCCCAUGGAAUCUUUGUUGGCUUGCAAAGAAUUGAAGAAGAACUGACUGGAAAAUCCAGGAAAGCUCAAUUGGUUCGAGUGAGUAAAAAUUACCGAUCAGUCAUACGGGCUUGUAUGGAAGAAAUGCACCAGGUUGCAAUUGCUGCUAAAGAUCCCGCCAGUGGCCGGCAGUUCAGCAGCCAGGUCUCCAUUUUGUCUGCCAUGGAGCUCAUUUGGAAUCUGUGUGAGAUCCUUUUUAUUGAAGUAGCUCCAGCUGGCCCCCUCCUCCUCCAUCUUCUUGACUGGGUCCGACUGCAUGUGUGCGAGGUGGACAGUUUGUCAGCAGAUGUUCUCGGCAGUGAGAACCCGAGCAAACAUGAGAGCUUCUGGAACUUGGUGACCGUCUUGGUGCUGCAGGGCCGUCUGGAUGAGGCACGGCAAAUGCUGUCCAAAGAAGCUGAUGCCAAUCCCUCUUCUGCAGGCAUGUGCCGUAUCCUUGGGGAUCUGAUGAGGACCAUGCCCAUUCUCAGUCCUGGCAACACUCAGACGCUGACAGAACUGGAGCUGAAGUGGCAGCACUGGCGUGAGGAGUGUGAGAGGCACUUGCAAGACAGCACAUUUGCAGCCAGCCCCCGCCUGGAGUCUCUCUGCAAGAUAAUGCUAGGGGACGAAGCCACCUUGUUGGAGCAGAAGGAGCUUCUGAGCAACUGGUACCAUUUCCUAGUGACGAGGCUGCUCUAUUCUAACCCCACAGUGAAACCUAUUGACCUGCACUUCUAUGCUCAGUCCAGCCUGGACAUGUUUCUGGGAGGUGAAAGCAGUCCGGAACCAUUGGACAACAUCUUGAUGGCAGCCUUUGAGUUUGACAUCCACCAAGUGAUCAAGGAGUGCAGCAUUGCCCUGAGCAACUGGUGGUUCGUAGCUCACCUCACAGACCUCUUGGAUCACUGUAGACUCCUCCAGUCACACAACCUCUAUUUUGGUUCUAACAUGAGAGAAUUCCUCCUGCUGGAAUAUGCCUCAGGACUGUUUGCGCAUCACAGCCUGUGGCAGCUGGGGGUGGAUUACUUUGACUACUGUCCGGAGCUGGGCCGAGUUUCCUUGGAGCUACACAUUGAGCGGAUUCCUCUCAACACAGAGCAGAAAGCUUUGAAAGUGCUGAGGAUUUGUGAGCAGCGGCAGAUGACUGAACAAGUUCGAAGCAUCUGUAAGAUCCUGGCCAUGAAGGCUGUCCGCAAUAAUCGCCUGGGCUCAGCCCUCUCUUGGAGCAUCCGGGCCAAAGAUGCUGCCUUUGCCACACUUGUUUCUGACAGAUUCCUCAGGGAUUACUGUGAGAGAGGCUGCUUUUCAGACUUGGAUCUCAUUGACAACCUGGGGCCAGCCAUGAUGCUCAGUGAUCGACUGACAUUCCUGGGAAAGUACCGGGAAUUCCACAGACUGUACGGGGAGAAGCGAUUUGGUGACGCUGCUUCUCUCCUACUGUCCCUCAUGACCUCGCAGAUCGCACCCCGUUCUUUCUGGAUGACUCUGCUCACAGAUGCCUUACCUCUUUUGGAACAGAAACAGGUAAUUUUUUCAGCAGAGCAGACCUAUGAGCUGAUGCGCUGCUUGGAAGACUUGGCCUCAGGGCGGCCAGAGUGUGGCGAAUCAGACAUCCAGCGACUCCAGGACGACGACAUAGAGACCACCAAGGUGGAGAUGCUGAGGCUGGCUCUUGCCCGGAAUCUUGCUCGGGCAAUUAUAAGAGAAGGCUCACUGGAGGGCUCCUGAGAGAUGGUGAAGACACCUGCAGGACAGUAACUUUGUAUGGCAAUGUAAAUAAGACUUUAAAAGAAUAAAUUCCCUUUUGCAAAUACAAGGCC